ACCACUCUUUAAAAAGCGCACACAACACCCACACAUCACUUCCUUCUUUCCCUCCGUUCCCUCUUCUUUCUUCUCUCUCUCAAAUUUUCAGAUUCAAUCAAACCAAAACCAGAGAAGAUGAUGCAACCCGGCGGCCCUGGCAUGGCUCCACCCACCAUCCCCCAACAACACCAACAAUACCAACAGCAACACCAACAACAACCCUACAUGAUGAUGCCUCCACAGCAUCAGCCUCAAACCCAGCCUCCUCAGAUGUGGGGCCCCUCUCCUCAGGCUCCUCCUCAAUCUGCGCCGCCUCAACAACAGGCUCAGCCGGCUAGCGCUGAUGAGGUUCGGACUCUUUGGAUCGGUGAUUUGCAGUACUGGAUGGACGAGAAUUAUCUCUACCAAUGUUUCUCACACACCGGCGAGGUUGGAUCUGUUAAAGUUAUUCGCAAUAAGCAGACUAAUCAAUCCGAAGGCUAUGGAUUUCUUGAGUUUACUAGCCGUUCUGGUGCUGAGAGAGUACUUCAAUCCUUUAAUGGCACCAUUAUGCCAAAUGGUGGGCAGAAUUUCAGAUUGAACUGGGCAACUUUUAGUUCCGGUGAGAAGCGUCACGAUGAUUCUCCUGAUCAUACCAUAUUUGUUGGAGACUUGGCUGCUGAUGUUACUGAUUAUCAUCUGACGGAAGUAUUUAGAACUCGGUAUAACUCAGUUAAGGGGGCCAAAGUUGUAAUUGAUAGGCUCACUGGCAGGACAAAAGGUUAUGGUUUUGUCAGGUUUGCAGAUGAGAGUGAACAGAUGAGGGCUAUGACUGAAAUGCAAGGGGUUCUUUGUUCGACAAGACCCAUGCGUAUUGGACCAGCUUCUAACAAAAACGUUAACACACAGACGUCAAAAGCUUCAUCAUAUCAGAGUCCCCAAGGAGGAGGGGCACAGAACGAGAAUGAUCCAAAUAAUACAACUAUUUUUGUUGGCAAUUUGGAUCCUAAUGUCACAGAUGAUCAUUUGAAACAAGUCUUUGGGCAAUAUGGAGAACUUGUUCAUGUGAAGAUUCCGUCAGGCAAGAGAUGUGGGUUUGUCCAAUUUGCAGACAGGAGCUCUGCAGAGGAGGCACUGCGAGUUUUAAAUGGGACCCUUCUAGGUGGACAAAAUGUUCGACUUUCAUGGGGCCGAAGCCCAGCAAACAAACAGACUCAACAGGAUCCAAACCAGUGGAAUGGAAGCAGUGGAUACUUUGGAUAUCCCCAGGGUUAUGAAAAUUAUGGUUAUGCCCCUGCUGCCGGACAGGACCCCAAUAUGUAUGGCAGUUACCCUGCAGGGUAUGCUAACUACCAACCUCCUCAGCAGCAACAACAAUUAGGAUAUAGCUAAAAAGUUCUGCUCCAAAUUUUCCGUUCUGUACUUUCUAUGAUACUUAAUUUUGUUUGCUUCUCUUUUUGUGUCUUGUGGGAUUUGAAAUCCAACUUGCUCUUUGUUUUUGUUUAACUUCAUCCCUCCUAUGAUUGCUAAGAACAUUGAUAUUUUAUGCGGUCCUUAUGUAACAUUAAAAUAUUGUUUGCUGAAUGCUUUUAUCUAUAUUUUAUGAUUUGCUCCA